AGGCGUGUGAUGUUCUGUUUUAGUACUUGUACAGACAGGAGUGCGCUUCAAGUGCAUAGCUGGAGUACUCAUUGAGGGAAUGAGGAACUGCCUGGGUUAUGAUUUCUCUCUAGCAAUGGACAAAUGAGUGCAUUCCAGGGAAUGAGAUUCAGCUGUUUGUGGGGACUGAACCAAAGCACAAAAUGAAUGAGGCAAUAAGAUGCACACUGGUCAACUGCAUCUGUCUGAAUUUUAAACCUGCGAAAAUAAACCCUCGUCACUGUGAGCAGUGCAGGCACGGAUGGGUGGCACAUGCAUUAAGUAAGCUACGGAUCCCGCACUUUUACCCCUCCAGCCAAGUUGAGAUUGUUCAGUCCAGCGUGGUCUUCGAUAUUAGCAGCCUUAUGCUUUACGGCACUCAAGCCGUCCCUGUUCGCUUGAAAAUUCUGCUUGAUCGACUUUUCAGCGUCCUGAAGCAAGAAGAGGUCCUGCAGAUCCUUCAUUCACUUGACUGGACACUUCAGGACUAUAUCCGGGGUUAUGUUCUUCAGGAUGCCUCUGGAAAAGUCUUGGAUCACUGGAGCAUAAUGACAGUCGAAGAAGAAUUGGCCACAUUACAGCAGUUCCUUCGCUUUGGGGAAACCAAGUCCAUUGUAGAACUUAUGGCAAUCCACGAAAAAGAAGGCUACACAGUGCUUAUACCACCUACCAGAACAAAUUCUGACAUCAGGUCAUUUAUUGAGAACAGCAACCCCAGAAGCAGUCCUAUUGUGCCUCCUGUGUUGGAGAAAAUGUCUCCUUCCUCCAUACAUCCCUUUGAGAACAUGAUCAAUAAUAUGGCUUUCACACUGCCAUUUCAGUUCUUUAGCCCUCUGCCUCCACCACUCAUUGGCUCGCCACCCGAGCGGUCGCUAACUGAAAGAAGUCAAGACAGGGGAAAUGAGGGCAAACAAGAUGCCCAUAUAUCAUUCUCUGAAAGUAGCUACUUGGCUUCCAGUUCUGCAUCAUUUCAUUUAGAGAAUGAGUCAGACAUAAGUGCUCAUGAUGUUAUGACCAAAGCUGAAGAUGAUAGCCCGUUGAGUGAUUCUAGCUCACACAACACAGUGUCAAACUAUGAUAUGGGAUCAGUUUCCCCUGAAGGUAAACUGCAUCCUGGUGACCGAAAUGGCUCCAUACCCAGAAAGGGACGGGUCUUCUGCACCGCUUGUGAAAAGACUUUUUAUGACAAAGGAACAUUAAAGAUUCAUUAUAAUGCUGUCCAUCUGAAGAUAAAGCACAGAUGUACAAUUGAGGGAUGCAACAUGGUUUUCAGCUCCCUGCGAAGCAGGAAUCGUCACAGUUCUAACCCCAACCCACGACUUCAUAUGCCAAUGAAUAGGAACAAUCGUGACAAGGAUUUGAGAAAUGGAAUAAUUAUCUCUGUAUCUGAGGACUACAAAAGGGCGGGACUUAAAUCUCCUUCUUUGGAUAACAGGCCUAAUAACUAUGGUAGUCCUGGCUCUGAAUCAAAAGUUCCUUCGGGUCUACCUAAUGUUGGACAGUCAUGUGUUCUUAUCCCUAACUUAAAAACUGUUCAACCUGUUCUGCCUUUUUACCGAAGUCCAGUUACCCCAGCUGAGAUAGCAAACACACCUGGCAUACUUCCUUCUUUUCCAGUCAUCUCUUCACCUGUCAGUGAAAAACUGGCAUCUCCUGACUUACCAUUAGAUACAGCUCCAAAAAAGAAAUCUCGAAAAUCUAGUAUGCCAAUCAAAAUAUACAAGGAAACUCUGGCUACACCAACCGAAAGCACAGAAAAUGUUAGCUCUGAAGAGGAGACUUUAUCACAUAACGAUGAUGAGCAGUUGUUGGAUAUCUGUGAUAACAAUAUCGAGGGCUCAGCAGAGAAUCCAGGUGGACUAGAGAGGGAUCAUGUACACUCUUCAGUUUCGUUCCAACAACAGAACGGAGGGGAGCAAAAUUCUCACUCUGUUAUGGAUAAAAGUUAUGACAAUAUGUCUUCUGACUCUGAAAAUGAAUUUCAUCCCUUCAAACAUGAGCCGGUACUGAAAGUGGAUUCCAGUGAAAAUAAAUAUGAACAUUCAAACCACUUUAAUGUUGUCAAGCAGCUGGCUGACCCCUCCCUGUAUAAUAAAGAACAGCCAAAACACGCAGAUUCUGAGGACGGUAUUGAAUUUCGACCUUACCCUUUGAGCGGAGGCAUUUUUGGUGCUAUGUCUAACAAGGGCUCAGGCUUUGGUGACUCUGCAGCCCCAGAAAGAGGAGAAAUGCACUUGGAAACUCCUAAGGAUGAAAACCGCUUUCACUGCGAGAUUUGCAAAAAAGCAUUCAAAAACCCGUACAGUGUUAAGAUGCAUUACAAAAAUGUGCACCCCAAAGAAAUGCAUUUGUGUACAAUUGAUGGUUGCAAUGCUGCUUUCCCAUCUCGAAGGAGCAGGGACAGGCACAGUUCUAAUCUGAACCUUCAUCAUAAACUACUGACCAAAGAUGCCCUAGAAAUGCAAAACAACCCUUACAAUAUUCCUUAUCUUGUCAAAGAGAUGUCAAAAGACCGUUUCCAGGACUUGCCAUUAAAGAACCCUGGACAGACAUCUGUGAUAUUUAAAGGAAUGAACCGCACAGGGAGUCUGGUUUACCCCUUGAACAAGAUGAGAGAUUCUUGUUUGGACAGCUUUGCUGCUGAUUCUAUCACUGACAACGUUGUGUUGGACUUGAGCACCACUUCGAGCAUCAAGUCAGCCAGCAGUUCCCACUCUUCCUGGGAUUCGGAUGGUGGUAGUGAAGAAGGUAACCUACCAGUGGACGAUAGUGAUGAAAGCUGUCAAGGCCUGAGCUUCAUACCACAGGAUGAGAUUUAUUACAAUUGGAAUUUGGUUGCUAGAGCUCAGCAGAGUUUCUCAAACAUCCCCUCUGGAAAAAGCAUGAUCUUGCAAGAACGAAACAAUGAUGCAUUUCAAAGUAGAGGAUGUGCAAACAGCUCCUUUUACUGAAACACAAAACACACCACUACUGCUACAAUGCCAGCUGCCAAAAAAUCAUUUUUUUGUAGAAAAUAACUUGUGUAAGUAGUAGUCACAGAGUUCUCUCCAAUGUACAGUUUUGAUACAAUGCCACUGAAGCAUCAUCACUGUAAGCUGUUUUUGUCAUGAUAUAUGCUAUGCACUUGUUAUAGGCAUUUUUGUAUUAAAAUGCUUUGUUCACUUUUGUUUUAAAUUGUAUGUCCUUGUUUCUUUAUAUUGUAGCUUUUU